AUGAGAGAAAUACAACACAACCGACAACUCAUUGUGCAAGCUCUAAAUAAGAACACAACAAACUUUUCAAACUAUUCUAAGAUAUCUGAGUCAUUGAAAGAAGGAAACUUAAAACUGACAUUAAACCCAUUGACAGACGAGUUUCUGUUUCAAGACAGUAAGAACCAUACUGUUUGUAUAAAUCCAACAAAAAGAACUUUAAACGAGAAACCUAUAGAUGAACUUCUUUUGAAGGCAGAUAUUGACAACAAAGCUGACAAAACAUAUGUAGACGAUGCAAUAGCAAAAGAAGAAGAAAGAGCUAACAAAGCUUAUGCAACAAAAGAACAUACUCAUCCUGAACUAGCAGACAAAACAUAUGUUGACAAUAAAAUGUCAAGUGAAGUGACAAGAGCUGAAAACGAAUAUUCUAAAAAGACUCAUACACAUACCAUUGCAAAUAUUACAAACUUACAAGAAACCUUAAACAGGAAAAGUGACGUUGGACAUACACAUACCAUUGCAAAUAUUACAAACUUACAAGAAACCUUAAACAGGAAAAGUGACGUUGGACAUACACACGAUUUCUUCGCAACUGUUGGUAUAGAAAAUAUUGCAGGAACGGUUGAAGAACCUGAUGGAACUGGUGGGGAU